GUGAGCCUGGCCCGGGAACCCGCGUGGGGGGUCCGCUGUACCCCCGAGGCCACCCCAGCCCCAGAACAUGGACACGUUUUCUUCCACUGCCCUGCCUUCUGAGGACCUCUGCCCUCUUCAGGACAGCUUCUCCAGGUAUGAGGAGGAAAUGGAGGCAUAUUCUCAGCAGAUCCUGUCUCAGCCACCUGUGAGCUUCAAGGACGUGGCUGUGACCUUCACAUGGGAGGAGUGGGGACAGCUGGACCUGGCCCAGAGGAUGCUGUACCGUGAGGUGACUCUGGAGACCUGCAGUCACCUGGUCUCCCUGGGGCUUCUGCUUUCAACACCGGAUGUGAUCGCCCGACUGGAGCAAGGGGAGGACCCAUGGAGGGUGGAGCAGGGACCUCCCCGAGACUGUAAGACUACACUUGAAAAGAAAGAGUCAGCUUCUGAAGAGGGUAUUGCUAUGGAAGAGCCAUCUCACCACAUGGAAAUGAAACACUGUGUACAGGAGGAGGGCCCCUGGUUGGUGUCAUUAGGAGAAGUGCAGCAUUGGAGGGACCAGCUAGGGAAGCACCAGGAGGACUCUCUGAGUCAAACAGUACUUACCUCAGAGAGACUUUUUGCUCAAGGGGGUAGUUAUCUGAGUCUAAGCCUUCUACCUCCGACAUUGCCCACAAGAACACAUUUCCAUAAGCUCAACUCACAGGUUAAAAGGUUGAAACAGAACUCGGUUUUCAUUAAUCAUCAGAAAAACUGGGCUGAUCUGAAGUCCUGUGAAGAUCAUCAAAGUGCUAGAGCCUUCUGUCAGAACAUUUACUUGAAUAAAAUUGCAAAUGUUGAAACGGGAAAUAAAAAACCUUAUGAUUAUACUGUCAGUAGUGACUCUUUCAACUGUGGUACCUCCCUUCGUUUUCUUAAUAGAAUUUUUUCAGCAGAGAAUGGCAAUGACAGUAAGGAUGGAAACAGCAUUAAUCAUAGCAUGUCUGUGAAUGAACACAAGCCAAUGAAUUUUGGAGAAAGUCAGUACGAGUGCGAUGAAUGCCUUGUACAAACCAAAAUAAGAGAUCCUGGAGAGGCACCAUUCAGAUGUGAGGAGGACUGUGGUGCCUUCCACGUGGCCUCAUCUUUUCCUGACUGUGACAUCAUUCAGACUGGAAAGAAGUCAUAUGCAUGUAAUCAGUGUGCAAAAUCUUUCAGCUGUUGCUCUAAGCUUGUUGUACACAAGAGAACACACACGGGAGAAAAGCCAUAUGAAUGUACUCGGUGUGGGAAGUCUUUCAGCCAGAGCUAUGACCUGGUUGUACACCAGAGAACUCACACUGGAGAAAAGCCCUAUGAAUGCAACCAGUGUGGGAAAUCCUUCACCCAGAGUUCCAAACUUAUUAGGCAUCAACGAACUCACACUGGAGAAAAACCAUAUAAAUGUCAUGAAUGUGGAAAAUCUUUCAGGUGGAACUCUAACCUUACUGUUCAUCAAAGAAUUCAUACUGGAGAGAAACCUUAUGAGUGUGCUCGUUGUGGAAAGUCCUUCAGUCAAAGCUCUGACUUUGUUGCACAUAAAAGGACUCACACUGGAGAGAAACCCUAUGAAUGUAACCAGUGUGGAAAAUCUUUCAUUCGAAGCACUCAGCUUAUUAGGCAUCUGCGAAUUCACACUGGAGAGAAGCCAUAUAAAUGCAAUCAGUGUGACAAAGCCUUCACUGGGAGCUCUCACCUUAUUGAACAUCAGAGAACUCAUACUGGAGAGAAACCGUUUGAAUGUAAUCAGUGUGGGAAAGGCUUCACUGGGAGCUCUCACCUUCUUUCACAUCAGAGAAUUCAUUCUGGAGAGAAACCGUAUGAGUGUAAUGACUGUGGGAAAGCUUUUCGGCAGCGAUCUCAGCUUGUUGUGCAUCAGCGAACACAUACUGGAGAGAAACCUUAUGAAUGCAGUCAUUGUGGAAAAGCUUUCAGCCAGAGGUCUCCCCUCAUUGUGCAUCAGAGAAUACACAUUGGAGAGAAGCCCUAUCAGUGUAACACGUGUGCUAAAGCCUUCAGUCAGAGGUCACGCCUUAUUGAACAUCAGAGAACACAUACUGGAGAAAAGCCCUAUGAAUGCACUGAUUGUGGGAAAGCCUUCAAUGAUCGAUCAACCCUUACAAAACACGAGAGAACACACACUGGGGAAAAACCCUAUGAAUGUAAUCGUUGUGAAAAGGCCUUCAGCCAGCGGUGUCAACUUACUAGGCAUCAGAGAAUCCAUACUGGAGAGAAACCCUAUGAAUGUAAUGAGUGUGGAAAAGCUUUCAGUUAUAGUACAUCCCUUAUUCAACAUGAGAAAACCCAGGGAGAGAAACCCUAUGAAUAA